AUGUUCGUGGACGACAGGCCGCUCUCGACAUUUGGGCCUACGCAAGGUUGGAAUAUGUACCAGCCUGUGCCCAUCAAUCCUCCACAUAAGAAGCCUCCGAUCGGAACAUCACUAUACACUGAGCCGAAGGCUCCAAUGCCGCCGCGCUUGAGCAAGACACCUUCGUCAUCUUCCUUACGCGGCUUGGAAAAGAACAUUCCACCCUUCCAGACCUUCUUGCUUCGCACACCGCCUCUGGAGCACAAUCACGACAAGCCACUACCGGCACCACCAAUACAGGCACCGAGAUCAGAUGCGAGCUCUGAAAGACGGCGAUCUAGCAGUGUUUACAGUCGCACGCCAAGUCACUGGGCUCCGGAGUCAGUGUCGUCAUGGCGGACCGACGACUUGCAAGAGGACAUACGACUGCCCGAGCGGUCGAUCGCCUACAGCAGUAGUGUCCCGGAUCUCAAGGCCAACGCAGAUGCAUCUGAUGCGUCCGCUGUAUUUCUCGAGCCACGAGCAUUCGAUCCUCUGUUAGCGAGCCCUACCGUGAGCACGAUCAUGUCUGACAGUUCGCCUUCCGCAUCUCGCCCAGCAACCACACUUCUGCCGCAAUCAGAGACGCCGAUGUCGCCGGACAAGAGCAUCAAUACCAUAUCGUUAGCGCAAGCAAAAGAGGCAAUACACUCGCCAGAAAGACUCUUGCCUGAAGAGCUGCUUGCUCGAACAAUGAGUAAGACGAAAUCCAUGCUGCACUCCAGAUCAACGAGUUCAGACCUUUUUGGCAUGCGAGCAAUUUCGUCGUCGACUGAGUACCCAAUCAGUGCUACAUUGGUUGACAGGCAAGGUAGAACAAGGAGCAUUACCACGCCACCAGCGAUUGCUUCUCUGCCUGUCGAGUACCCCUUCCCGGCACUACAUAGUCCGUUACCGUCGGUCAAUGCCUUUCAUGUUGGACUCGGGCCUGCUCGAGAUAUGGCACCUCCAGCUCCAACAGUAAUCAGUCAGCCAGAGUACGAAGGAGGAACUAUGCAUGAGCCACAGCGUGAGAGGAACAAGCCAAAUUUGGAUUUAUCUGGAUACACCAUCCCGCCAUCUCCUGAAACCUUUGUGCCGGAUGCAUAUCGAUUUCAGCUGGGAGACAAGCCUAAAACUGCUACAGAGGAAUAUCACACUGCGCUUGCGCAGGACUACCAACAACCGAACUUUGACACGACCGGAUAUGACUCAGACGACAGCAUUAGAAGACACAUGAAGAUGAUUCCACAGCCACUAUUUUCCGGCAAGAACCGUGUCCAGAAACCAACCUCCCUGCGAAAGAGCUCCGGUGCUUCGCGUUACAUACCACGAAGUAACAGUCAAAAUUCUAUUGCAAGCUCUCGAGGUUCGAAUAGUUUUGAUCUGCGUCUUUCGGUGUCGACAGCAGACUCCCGACAUGCUAGUGGUGGUAGCGGCUUUGGCCACAUCCCGAUCUCUCCGCCAUCAAGACAGCAUAUGCAUGCCCAGCGCACAUCUGUCGAAAGAGGGCGUUCACUCCGCACAGCAGAGCACCAUCAAGAUCUAGAUCCGCGAAUGGACCCUAUAUACAAUUCGCAGUCUGAUCAGCAGGUCCGCCGGGGCACUUCAGUCAGAGAAAUGAAGAGAUCGAGGCCGGGCUUUUCGAGCAGACUGAAACCGAGAAACUCAUCGAAGUCUAGACCAAGCAUUGAUACGACAGACCAUCCCAGAGAGCUCAACUCUCGCAGAGACUCCGAAAUGGGCAGCCCGACUCUGGGAACAGCAUUCGUACCUGCUCUUGCCAGUGUAGGUAAUACAGGACCAGGGGCACCUUUACUCAGCAGAUCUGUCAUCGAAAUGAAGCUCAAGACACCUCAAACCAGCCCACAGACGUCCCCACUCGGCGACCACAUUCCCUCCCCUUCCUCAUUCACAGGACAACAAACCCCCAACUCAGAAACACUCGAUGACUUCCCUAUCUUCAACAAAAAGCCUUUCUUCCAACGCGUUGGGAUGAAGAGCCUCCGAAAAGCUCGAAGACGUUCUUCCACUGCAACCGAUCGGAGCGUCAGUCCCUCAAGUGUCCGACCCUCUCCACAAUCACCACAUCUCUAUUCUCCCGCUCAUCCACCUUUUCCAACACCCAAGAAACAGAAUAUCGAAAUCCCACACCUAGGAUGGACACACACUUCCAAACAAAACUUCGACGAAGCCGUUUCUCCACCCGGGACACCAACAAACACAAGUCGAGCCAAACUUCCUCUCCUAAGUAACCCUUUCAAAUCCUUACGUUCAAAUAGCAAUGCAGUAGAACAUGCGGACGAAGACGGAAGCACUUCUCCUGUCCGAAAAGGAAGUAUUUUCGGUAGCGUGCUGGAACGUUUCACGCACGAUAAAGGACAGAAAAGAAGAGAGGAUUUGAAGAAAUUGAUUCGAGUUGUGCCGAACGUGAGCCCUGUAGUUCCAACAGCAACGGCGUACGCUGCGGAGAAUGGGAAUAGGAAUUCGCAGGGACGGCCGAGUAUUGGGAACAGAGCAAGUACGGAGGUGAAGAGGAGGUCAAGUUUGUUGCAGAGGAGGAUGAGUGCUUAUGGGUGGAUGUGA